AUGCUGGCAUUUCUAGAGCAUGGUGAAAUUGAGGAGGGUGCAGUAAUUUAUGACAAGGUAACGGCAAAGUCACAUGGUUAUGGGUUCAUUACCUAUAAAGAUAUGAAGUCAGCUCAGCUAGCUUUAAGGGCGCCUAGCAAGAUGAUUGAUUGGCUUCGGAUUCGUCACUUAGAGGACUGUCGUGGCUGCAAAAAAGCAAUUGAUGACCCGCAAAAGAUGCUUGGAGUGAGGAAAUUUGAUUUUUCAUCUUCCAUUGGUAUAAAGAAUGAUUCUAUAACCAAGACUACAGCCGAGGCUUAG